UGAAAAUGUGGCAUCUUAUGGCAUCUUAUGGUCUCCCUCUUGUCAUCGGUUAUGAACAAAGAUCAACCGAAUUCGGUAUUUAGGUCACGUUUGUGAUUUCGCCGGACAUUUUAAUCGUUGCCGGUAAACCUCAGAUUCAGGGUAAACCCACUGCAAUUACAGGUUUAAAAUCCGAAUGGGACUUUGCUUCUCUUCGGUGAGUUUAUGUUGCUUCUCUUCGGUGAGUUUAUGUUGCUUCUCUUCGACCGAAGAAGAUGAGCCAGAUGAUCGCCCUCAAUUUGCAGGAGGUAAAGUGACACUUGUCACUACCAAGGAUGUUUGGGAUCGAAAGCUCUCCGAAGCAAAAACACAAGGCAAAAUAGUGGUUGCCAACUUCAGUGCAUCUUGGUGUGGACCUUGCAAGUCAGUUGCACCAUUAUACAUCGAGCUUUCAGAGAAACAUCCAUCUCUUAUGUUUCUGACUGUAGAUGUUGAUGCAUUAACAGAUUUUAGUACGCAAUGGGAUAUAAAAGCAACUCCAACAUUCUUUUUCCUUAGGGAGGGGAAACAAUUUGAUAAACUUGUGGGGGCCAACAAGGAAGAAUUGCAGACUAAGAUAAGCAGCAUGGUGGUGUCAGAGGCCCCAGGUGGUCAAAAGUAAUUGGUUGUUCAUUAAUUGGUAUAUGAUUGAUUGUUCAUUGUUAUCAGAAAUUAUGUAAUGUAAAUACAUCUUGUGUUUCAUAAUAUCAAAUAUGGACAUUCAUUCUCAA